AUGGGAUUGUUUAGAACAAGCAAACGGUCACGACUGCCAUCAGACAGUCUAGUUGCUGAACAUGUCAUAUCUAUUUCUUCUAGUGAAUCGGUAAAGUCAACCUCAUCUGGCGGUGGUAAAAUCAAAUCGCUAUUUAGUAAAGGAAGAAAACGAGGUAGUUCUGUGAACAGUAUAGACUCAGAAGUGCAAAAAGGCACUCCACUGCAUUGUGUAUCAUAUAAUAUCGAACCUCCGAAACUGCCGUCUCGUCUUGGAAAUGCUAAAGAUCAUAACUAUAAGAAAAGAGUCAGUACAAUUAUAGAGAAUAAUUAUAGUGAUGGAGAUGGCAAUUCGGUUGACGAACUGGAAAAUGGAAGCGAGGUGGAUAGCUUUGAUUCUGAGUUGGAGGAGGAGGACGACGACGACGACGACGAGGAAGAGGAAGAGGAAGAUCAUCUUCAUCCACUCAAACCAAAGUAUGGUUCGAGCCGUUAUGACUUGGGUCAACAGUUGUCUACGAUAAUGGGCUAUUGUGGUUUGAAAAGAGACUCUGCACAUUCAGCUGAACAGGCAAACAAUGAAAGUAAGAAAACGUACUCUUUAUUGGAUCCAAACACAAAGAUACGAAAAAUUUCCUUGUCUGCUCAAAGAUCCGAAUCCGUGAUUGGCGAAUACCAAAUCCGUUUGAUCAGAAAUUUGACUUUGAAACUACAAAAAUUGAUGACUCAAAAUGUCUGGGCGCUUUUGGAGCGAGAAAAAUCUCUUUAUCAACGGUAUGGAGUUGUACGUGAUGUGAUUGGCAAAGGAACCUAUGGUAUAAUUAAGGUAGUUGACCCAAACACAAAUGGGUCGAACGGGUCCGGUUCUGACGACAAAGUUGUUGGUAAGAUUGUAAACAAUAUGGAUAAAACACUAUACGCUGUAAAAGAGCUAGCACGAAAAAAAGAUGAGAAGAUUGACCUUUACAUACAGAGAAUUUUAUCCGAGUUUGUUAUUUCUUCAACACUAAACAAUAAGCACAUAAAUGAGUCAUUUGACUUAAUGGGAACCAAGGUUGAAUCGGGCUUGAAAAUCAGCCAAGUGAUGCAGUGCAGCCGAGGAGGCGAUUUGUUUUCCUAUAUUUUAACAGGUUCCGAUGUAAACAAUAAUCCUGUUACCGACAUGUCCUUGUAUGAGGUUGACUGCUUUGCUAAACAGAUAGCUAAGGGCUUAAAAUAUAUGCACUCUCAUGGUGUAUCGCACUGCGACCUCAAAUUGGAAAACAUCUUAUUGAGCUAUGAAAACUGCUGCAACAACAAGUCUUCUUGUGCUACCAAAAUCCUUUUGAAAUUGAGUGAUUUUGGCAAGUCAUUUGUAUUCCGAUCAGAAAUGGAUAAAGCCGAGCAAAUGUUGAGUGGCUCACAGGGACUAAUUGGAUCUCAACCUUAUAUUUCACCUGAAGAAUUUGUAGCAGUAAAAACAAACCAGCAGUAUUCUUCAGUUAAAAAGGAUAUUUGGGCCUUUGGAAUACUUGUUUUGGUGCUAUUAAAUGUGCGAAGGCAUUAUUAUAGGGGCUCCAGUCAUUUUAUCCGACGAGGAGACGGACUUGUAGCAAGUGAUGGGUCUGACAACACUGGCGCGGGGUACUUGUGGAAAACAACGGAGUUGAAGUACAAUGCGAACGGUAAGAAUCGAGAAUUCAAAGACAAAGUUUUCAAUGAAUACACACAGAAGCGGUUGAUUGCUGAUUACCAUUCUAGUUCCAAAGAAUGGACCAUCAACAGGGAGGCGAGCUUCCCACCUAUUGAUGACAUCUGCCAACUAGUGAACACAGAAGAUUUUGAUAAAGACACGAGUAGCGACGAAAGCGUGCAGUCUAUAAAGAACAACCGUGACGGUGAUGAUGAACUUGACGAAUUAAGAGUAAUGAUUAUUUACAAAUUACUUGAUAUGAACCCAGCUACAAGGAUGUCAAUGGACGAGUUCCUCAAAAGUGACUGGAUGACCGCAACAGAAGCAUGUUUUUGA